CGUCCCGUCCGUCGUCAAACAAUCAUGGCGGACUACCGAGAGGCGCCCUUGGCAACUCGGCCGAAAACGUUGGACCCAAAUGAAUAUUUCAAUCUUUCUCCGGAUCAGAGGCGAGCAGAGGAUGCCCGGGCAGCACUGCGGGCCAACCUGAAGAGGACCUACCAGUUGCAGCUCAACAAUCCCCACAGAGCCGAGCUCAUUGAAGACCCUGCCCUGACGCGAUGGGUUUAUGCACGAGCUAACCCCUAUCCUCACUUCAAAGCCACAAAGAAGACCUCUCUGCUCGGCGCCAUGUUUGGAGUGGUGCCCCUUUUUGUCCUCUAUUACGUCUUCAAGACGAACCGGGAUAACAAGGAAGAGAGGAUAAAGGCUGGAACCCUCGAGCGCAAGUUCAGUUUAUCCUCAUGAGAUCUGCUGGGAAAGUUUCCCCCAUAAUGUUCAUGAAAUGUUGCUGUGUGUAAAUUUAACUAACAGAAUAAAAUCAUAUUGUCAAAAA